GUGUAGACGAAAACGUUUCAGUGCCAUUGUCACGUGCAUCUCGCAAGUGAAGUGUUCUCUUCUAGCAAUCAUGCGGCAGCGUCUCUUAUCACCAGCUUCCCCCCGGCAGGCCUACGGGUCCGCGUCCCCACCGAGGCCAUCUUUCAUCAGCAGGUGGUUUAGCUACGGGGGGAAUCUUAAGCGCUUCCAACGAACCCCAGCAGAACGGAUGCUUUUGCGAUGGGUAGCCUGCUGGGUGAUGAUGGCAGCAGUAGCUACCAUCGUCAUGCUUUUUCUGCUGUUUCAGGUGAACAGCUAUCCAAUUUUGGACAAGAAUCUUGCAAACAUAAUCCGCCUGCAGCGUAAGCUCACACGGGAAGGAUACUCUGAUACGGAUGAAGUAUCAAAAACCAUCAUCAAAGCGGUUUCAAGUAAAAAUAUCGCGACUACCGUCAGGCAUCUAAUCACUGGUCUUCAUAGUGGGCUGCAUCAAGAUGAUCUGGUAAAAUACGUAAAGAAAACAUGGUUAAAGCAGGGCCUGGAUUCCGUGGAAGAGGUGUCCUUCAAAGUGCUUAUGAGCAUGCCGGACCCUACAAACGGUAACAAGUCUGACACCGAGCAGGUACUCUGA